CUCUGCCUGGUCUUCUCCGGCCAAGGUCCCCAGCACAUUUUCAUGGGUCGCCAACUCGCUGAGGCGUUCCCCACCUUCCUUGAGGCGGUUAAGGAGCAGGACCGUAUCCUCACUCAGGUCUACAAACAGGAGAGCAUGCUCGAGCGCACUGGUCUCUUCAUCCCUGGUGUCGAGUGCAAACUCGCCGCCAACGGGCAGUGGCCCGUCCAGGAGGUCGUUCUUGGCCUCGUCUUCGUUCAGAUGGCCAUGACCGACCUCGUCAGGAGCCUUGGCAUCAAGUACGACUUCGUCGUUGGUCACUCCAUCGGUGAGAUCGCCAUGGGCUACGCCUCAGGCCACUACGACCGCGAGAUGGCUGUCGGUAUCGCUGUUGCGCGUGCCGCUGCCAUGACUAGGGCCGAGGGUAACGGUGCCAUGGUUGCUCUUGGUGUCGGCGUGCAGAAGGCCAAGACCAUGAUCCGCAAGGUCUUCUCUCAGUACAAGGUCACCGAGGGCCUCUGGAUCGCUGGUAUCAACUCCCCCCAGGCCGUCACUGUCGCCGGUACUCAUGAGCUCAUCGACGCCAUGGUUGAGCUCGCCAACGACCCCAACGCCAAGGUCUUCGCCGCCAAGCUCCGUGUCGGCUGCGCCUUCCACACUCCCCUCAUGGAACCUCAGGAGGAGCUCUUCAAGAGCAAGGUCCUCGAGACCCCUCUUGCCCACGGCACCAAUGCCCCUGUUGCUCGCGUCAUGUCGACCACCGACGGCAAGUGGCUCGACCGCGAACUCGACGUUAACUACUGCUGGGACAACAUC